CCAUCAAAUACUUUAUCAUUUAUUCUUUAUUAUGUAAGUAAUAAUCCUGAGAUUGAACAAAACAUUCUUGAUGAAAUAGAAAAAGUAUUUGGUCAUGGAUCUGAUUUUAACAUUAACUAUGAAGAGUUAUGUAAACUUGAAUAUAUCGAAGCUGUAAUAAAAGAAGUAUUAAGAGUUAAGCCAGCUACAGCAACAAUUUCUCGUUUUUCAGAAAAUUCUGAUCAAAUUUAUAAUUAUAAGAUUCCUGCAUCAACACAAUUGGUAAUCAAUGUUAUAGGUUUGCACAUGAACCCAAAGUAUUGGGACGAACCGACUAAAUUUAAUCCCUCAAGAUUUUUGUCAAGUAAUAGUAACUACAAUAAAAAUACCAAAGAUGAAGUUUUUAACAAAAAUUCAUAUAUGUAUUUUGGUGGUGGGUUGCGUAUGUGUCCAGGUAAACAAUUAGCAAUGAUUCAACUUAAAAUGUUGGUUGUUUUAUUAUAUAGCAAAUAUAAAUUUGAUAUUAUUACUAAGGACCCUUUAACUCGAGAUAAUAUCAACACUCAAUGCAGAGAAUUAAAAAUUAGAAUUAAGCACAGAAUGUGA